AUGAACGCCAGUGGCAGGGUAUUCUGUCGGCAUGCGCUGGGUGAGCGAGCCGGUUUCCACUUUUUCGUCUUCCUACCCCACGCCGCGACCCUCUACGACAUACGUCGCGGAUUCAAGAAUUGCGACCUUGAUCGCGACCUCUUGCUAGUGAAGCGCGUUAUCAAGCAGUUGUUACGCGGACUGAUCGACAUCCACCAGCUCGGUUUCAUACAUACCGAUAUCAAGGCUGACAACGUUAGUGUACCAUUGCGCUGCGAUAGCUUGCAUGGCGUGCGUGCGUUCUUCGACCACCCUACGCCUCCACUUACGGAGGAAUGUGAGGUACCCAAUAUCCGGGUGCAACUAGGUGACUUCAGCAGCGCCAUCAAGGCAUCGAGGGAUACCACUGGCGUCAAGGCCAUGCCUAGAGCGGUGCGAGCAGUUGAGAUCAUACUAGGUAGACGAUGGGGCCAGGCCGUCGACGUCUGGGCGCUCGGAUGUUUGAUGAUCGAACUGCUGGGCCCGUUUUCUGUCCAAAGCCUAGCGAAGUGCCCGGAGAAAGUGCGAAGCAGGUUUUUCCGUCCGGAUGGAUCGCUGAAGCCCGCGGGCCAGUUCUUAGCCGAGAGUUUUGCGAGGUGCCCAGAGGAAUUGCGCAGCGAGAUCUUUCACUCGAACGGAUCACUGAGACACCCGGACGUGAUGAAGCUCCCUCGUCGUGGGACUCUCCAGCACCUGUUGAGAAACGCUGGACUGCGUGGCGCUGAAUUGGACGAGGUGCACACAUUCGUGGGCCGAAUGCUGACGUUAGACCCAGACCACAGGCCCACGGCGGCGCAGCUUCUGGAACUCCCGUUUGUUGGACAAUUCGAUUUGCUCACCAAUGGUCCCAUGGAGUCGUAG